AUGGCGGGGGGAAGCAGCAAAACUGUUUCUGCUGCUGCAGCGGCUGACACAGCCGCAGCAGAGAUCGCCCCUGCGGCGGAUCCCCUGGCUGCCCCAGACACGCAGGCUUCGAACGCCCCAGCAGCAGCAGCAGCAGCAGCAGCAGCAGCAGCGGAGCCCGCAGCAGCGUCCUCUGGGCUGCGGCUGCUGCAGCGCGAAGGUGGAGACUGCCUGGAGUGUCGGCAGCACUUGCUGACAGUGCUGUCUGCUGUAGUGCGAGCGCUAGGGCCAAACCGGCGGCCUUCCUCUGCUGCAGCAGCAGCUUCUGCUGCUGCUGCUGCAGCGGACCGCGCAGCAGCAGCUGCGGAGGCAGCAGCGGACCGCGCCGACGAUGAAGCAGCAGCAGCAGCAGAGGAAGCUGCGAGGCUGGCGGGGAAGGCGGGAGCAGCAGCAGCGCGCGCGAAAGCGGCGGCCGCAGCAGAGGCAGCAGCAGAAGCAGAAGCAACUUUUGCUGCUGCAGCAGACGCAGCAGCAGCAGCAGAACAAACUGAAAUAGAUCAAAUGAAGGGGCUGGCUCCUUUGUCGCUGGAGGAGCUGCAGCUGCUGGCGGAGUCUGCAGGAGACCCCACACAAGCAGCAGUGCUGCUGCAGCACAACGCUGCUGAGCUGCUGCUGCUGCUGCUGCAGCAGUGGGUGCUGCCGGGCCUGGAGACCAUCUCUGCAGCGGAGGAGCAGCAGCAGCAGUGCAGCCACUCUUCUGCUGCUGUUGCAGUCAGCCGGCGUUUGCUGCUGGUCAGCCGCGCAGCAGGGGUUCCUGCUGCUGCUGUUGCUGAGCUGCUGCUGAUGGCAGCAGCAAACCUGAUAUCUGCGCAGCCGGACCUUGAGCACGGGGCAGCAGCAGCAGCAGCAGCGCCGUCUGCUGCUGCUGCUGCACUGGCCGCCGCGCUGCCGCUUGCUGCUGACGUGUUUGCUGCUGCUGUUCUCAGCUGCACAGACGCAGGGGCCCUCAAGGAGGCCUUCAGGGGCCUUGCUGCUGCUCUGAGUCUGCGGCAGCAGCAGCAAACGCAGCAGCAGCAGCUGGCAGACGCGCGCAUGAAGCGGCUGCUGCUGCUGCGCGCAGCACCCACUGCAGCAGCAGCAGCAGAACUGUUCGCCAGGUGUAUGUACGUGCUGCGGCAGGCGCUGCAUGCGCCGCUGCUGGGGGCUUCCACGCAUUGUUUGUCUUUGCUGCUGGCAAUAAGUGACAUAGAUGCAGCAGCAGCAGCAGCUCUCAACGCAGCAGCAGCAGAAGCAGCAGCAAAGGCAGCAGCAGAAGCAGCAGCAGCGGGCGGCACUGCAGCAGCGUGCCCCACUGAGGAGGACAUGCUGGGCGCGCUGCCGCCGCUGCUGGUGCUGCUGCGGCAGCAGCAGCAGCAGCAGCUGCUGCUGCUCGUGUCCAUCGAAAGAGCAGCAGAGCUGCUGCGGACCCCGCUGCUGCCAGCAACUGCUGCUGCUCCUGCUGUUGCUGCUGCAGUGCCGCCGGAAGCGCGGGCGGAGGCCUUCAUGCAGCAGCUGCGGCAGCAAGUGCUGCAGGAGCAGCAGCAGCUCGACGAGGAGAGCAGCAACACUUUGGCCAGUUUGCUGCUGCUCUGCGCAGACUUGCUGAAGGGGGACCCGCAGCUGCUGCUGCAGGGGCCCCCCGGGGGGCCCCCCGACCCCCUGGGCACUGCGGAAAUGCUGGUGCAGAUUUGCUGCUGCAGCUGCUGCUGCUGCAGCAGCGACGGCGCACUCGAAGCAGCUUUGCUGCUGAACUUCGUGCUGCUGGAAAACAACGAAGCUCUGGGGCUGAGUCCUGCGGAGGUGCAGGGCAUUAGCACGCGGCUGGCCAAGCUGACUCACAGCAGCAGCAGCAGCAGCAGCAGCAGCAGCAGCAGCAGCAGCAGCAGCAGCGAGAGCGACGGCGACAAGCAAAGGGCCCAGGCGCGCAGCAGCAAAGCCGCGGCCGCCCCCGCCGGCGGCGAAAGCCUCAGCAGCAGCGCGACAAAGCGCGAAGCCUCGCCAGCAGCAAACGGCAGCAGCAGCAGCAGCAGCAGCAGCAGCAGCAGCAGCAGCGAGGAGGCGCGGGCCAUUGCCCGGCAAGUGCGUGCUGCUGCUGUGGCCUACUUCCGCAGGCUGCUGCAGUCCCCUGUGGGGCCCGACAUCAUUGAAAGGGCGCUGCUGCUGCUGCAGCAGGAGCCGGAGUACAGCACAGAGCCCGAGCGGGGAGCUUCUGUGCUGCUGCUGCUGCAGCACGCGCAGCAGCAGCAGCUCGAAAUCUACAAACCCGAAAUCCAGCAGCUCAUGCGCUCCCUCCGGCAGCACCAGGACUGA